CUAUGUUCCCAUUCUAGCUCUCCUCUGACCCCUGCUCUCCUCACGUGGUACCUUUUUGAACUGCAUCUUGCUGUCGCGAUAUGGACGUGGUGAACAGGGGCCCAUUAAUCGCUUCACAGUGGCAUCCUCCACCGCUGUGCAAGUUUCAUGCCGGGCCCAAAGCAAACAGGCGCAUCGCAUUACCUCCCUUGGGAGAGAGCGGUGCUGUCGCCGACGGACGCUUCACUUUGCGAGGUAUGAUCUGGCCUUUUUCCUCUGUCUCGUUUGGGAUGGAGGUAAGGCACUCAUCCUUCGCCAUUACACGUUCUUUACACUCUUCGCCUCGUUCAUUCACCCGGCUCGACUGGCUGCUAGCGAUCUGCCGCCCGCAAACACUGUCCCUGACGUCGCGCAUCAAUCCUUGCGCCUGUUGGCUUCCUGCUUGCGCCCUACCGAUGAAUACCAAGCAGGGCCGAGGGCAGAUAGAACGACUGCAGGCAUUUUCAGAGCAACAAGGAGCGGGACUACCGACAAUAUUGCGAUUGUCUUUGUAACUUGAUGUGAGCCGUAUUCGCAGUCUAUUAUAAAUGUGCGAGUCCGCAUGCAAGCAAGGAAAGGGGACUGUCGCGACGGGACCACUUUCGGCCGGGUCAUCGCCUCAGUAAAGAUGAAUGAUUGAGAAUAGCCGCUAGCGCGGAGCAUCUUUUAUU